AUAAAUCCAGUGAUAAGACAAAAACAGCACAUUGACCACUGAUCACCACUCAGACUACACACUAUCUUUGAAACUAAAGAGAAAGUGUGAACAUGGGUUCUCUGCUGUAUUUGCUGCUUUACUCAGGUUGUAUUGCACAUCUGGUCUCUGCAAAGACAUUCCUGGUGACAGCUCCCAAUGUUUUUCAUGUUGGAGUGCAAGAAAAGGUGUCAGUCCAGGUUGGGGAGGGACUGCUGAACCAACCUGUAACCUGUUACUUAGAGCAAGAGGUGAAACGUAUCCUGAUGUCAAAGCAGGAGACUAUACAGAUCACUCGGCGAGAAAAUAUUGGAAUGCUGGAGCUUCAGAUUUUGCCAGAGAAAAUUUCAAGUUUACAAUGGGACAAGGCAGAACCACCUUAUCUCAAUCUAGUGUGUGAUGUUGGUGAAAUUAAGAGAAUGAUAAGUCGAGUGCUGGUGUCCCAGCACAGAGGCUACAUCUUCAUCCAGACAAACCAGCCUAUAUACAACCCCACUCAGAAAGUUCAAUACAGGAUCUUUACUCUGGAUCAUGCCAUGCGUCCAAAAUCAGAGAAGAUAGAAAUUCUCUUAGUUAACGCAGAUGGGAACAUAUUCAAGAAAUCUUCAGUUCAAUCUAAAUUUGGCAUUCAUGAAAGGGACUUUGAAAUUCCUGAUGUGGCAAAGCCGGGUGUGUGGAAGAUCAAAGCUUACUACAAAGGUGAUGAGAAGAGCCCUACUGUUCAGGAAUUCAAGGUUCAGAAGUUUGUCCUCCCCAGUUUUGGUGUAACCAUCAUUCCAGAAAGUCACCAUCUCCUUGUGAGCGCUGAAAGCUUAAAAUUCUCUAUUGAUGUUUCAUAUUCAUAUGGAAAGAAAAUCAAUGGUGGAUUUCACUGCCGAUUUGGGUUAAAAGAGAAGAAUACAGAUGGGCCAGAUGACAUCAAGUUCAUCCAGAGUCUAGGAAAAACUGGACCAGUAAGAAAUGGUCAUGCUGAAAUCACUCUUAAAAUCACAGACAUCCAGGAGAAACUGGCAGCUUUAAAGCUGGAAGACAUGGCCCAGGAUGGAGUACGGUUCUACAUCGGUGUUUCUGUUACAGAUACCUUAAGUGGUGAGUUACAAGAAUCGGAAAUAUUACUUCCCAUAGUGUCACAGAGAUAUAGAGUGGACCUGGAAAGAACCAGAUCACACUAUAUUCCUAACAUGCCUUUUGAAAUUAAGGUUAUGGUGUAUACUCCAACUGGCCUGCCAGCUGAAGCUGUUCCGGUGGAAAUGAGUUUAUCACACACCAAUGAGAAAUCUGUAACUGCAAAAACAAAUGAAGAAGGAGCAGCAUUUUCUGUUUUCAAUCUGAACCAAUCACCACAAUCCAUUUCUGUUCAGGUAACUGUGGAUGGAGUUACGACAAAAAAAAAUGUGCACAUUUCCACCUCCUCAAGCAAUGAUUUCUUGUACAUCAGUGUGCACAAUACUGUUUUGUCACCUGGAGAUCAACUAACUGUUAAGUUUGACUUAAGAGGUCGACCAAAAGAUGGAUACAUUUAUUACUUGGUCCUCAGCAAAGGUGUUCUCCAAAAGGCAGAUUCUACUAAAAUAGGAGUUACAGCCACUGUCAGCCUUUCGAUCAACUCUGACAUGAUUCCAUCCUUCCGUCUCAUUGGAUAUUAUUAUAACACAAAUGGUGAAAUUAUAGCAGACUCAAUCUGGGUAGAUGUCAAAGAUAUGUGUGAGGGAAAGGUUGAAAUAACAACUAAGGAACGAAAAAAUUACUACAGUCCAAAAGAUAGUGUUGAUAUUCAGAUUGAUGUGGGAAACCAGGCGAAUGCAAGAGUGGCUUUACUGGCUGUGGACAAAGCCAUCUACGCUUUGAACGCACAAAACAAACUCACCCUAAAACAGGUGUUUGCCUCUAUGCAGUCUUAUGAUCUGGGAUGUUCAUACGGUGGAGGUGAGAACACUGCUGCAGUAUUUAAUGAUGCUGGUUUGACUUUCAUCUCACACUCUCAAACCAUCAAGUCAAAGAUGAGGACAGGAUUUGGCUGUGAAUCAGGAUUUAGGAGGCAAAGACGUUCCAUAGAUCUCCAGAAAGAACUGGCACAAAAGGUAACCGAGUUUCCAGAUAUGGAAACGCAGAAAUGUUGCCGUCACGGCCUCAUUCUGCUCCCUAUGAAGCUGAGCUGUGAAGAGCGAAAGAAAAGAAUAACUAUAGGUAAUAAAUGUGAGGAGGCUUUCAUGAAAUGCUGCAACUUUGCCACCCAGCUGAGAGAAAAGAAGAGGCAGGAGGAACUAAGAAGUGGUCAUGGCAGAACUGCUAGUGCCAGUACUAUUCAACAGUUUUUUGACAACGAGGUCCCACAGAUUCGCCAUAGUUUCCCUCCUAGCUUUUCCUUUAUGGUUUUACAAGUGAAUGGCCAAACUAACACACAGAUCUAUCUCCCUGACUCCAUCACUACCUGGGAAAUACAGGGUGUCAGUUUAUCUCCCUCUCAUGGUUUUUGUGUGGCAAAGCCGCUCGAAAUACGGGCAUUUCAGGAGCUGUUUAUCUCUUUGCGACUUCCCUAUUCUGUCCGGAAGAAUGAACAAAUGGCCAUUGUUGUAGUCAUCUACAAUUAUGGCAAAACAGCAAGAGAGCUUGCUGUUCACAUGAAACAAGUAGCUGACCUGUGUUCUCCUGGAUCUUCAUCCACUGAUUCCUAUAAGAACAUCAGUUUGGCUAAUGGUAGCGCUGAGACAGUGACCUUUUCUGCUGUUCCUCUGAAAGAUGGUGAAAUUCCUAUCACUAUCCAACUUUAUGACAGAGAAUUAGAGAUGGGUGUGGAUGCCAUUCAGAAAUCACUGUUGGUGAUGCAUGAGGGAGUCCGUGUGGAGCAGGUGGAAAGCAAGUUAAUAAACCUGGAUGGUAGAAGUGGAAAAAAGCACAUCAUGAAAAUUGAUGGAGUGUUUCCCAAUGGUACAAUUCCUGACUCAUUUGGCAAUAUCUUUGUCAAAGUUGAAGAUGAGGUAUUUGGGAUAGCAGCAGCCACACCCCUACUUUCGCCAGACAAUGUGAAAAAUCUGAUCAAAGCCCCUCAUGGUUGUGCAGAACAAACUAUGAUCAGGAUGUCCCCCACGGCUCUGUCCAUCCUUUACCUAGACUCAACCAACCGAUGGGUAGAACUGGAACCUGACAUGAGAGACAAAUCUCUGAGCUACAUAGAGCAAGCUUAUAACAGGAUUUUGACAUUCAAAAAACCUGAUGGAUCAUAUGGAGCAUGGACGCAUUACCACACGAGUAACUGGCUCACUGCCCUGGUAGUCAAGGUGUUAUCCCUUGUGUCCGAAUGUGAGUUAGCAACUACUGAAAACAGACAGAUCGUCUCACAAACUGAAAUUCGUGACUCAGUCAAAUACCUUAUUAAACAGCAGGCCGAAGAUGGCUCGUUUAGGGAUCCUAAUCCAGUCAUUCAUAGAGAAAUGCAGGGUGGAAUUGGGGGCGUUGAACAAGAUGCCUCUCUCACUGCUUUCAUCGCCAUUGCUCUUAAUCAAUCCCUUCCAUUCUUGGACAAAGAAACGGAUUCUGUGAUCGAUAGCAUCUCUCAAGCCACCAGUUAUCUUGUCUCUCGUGUUGAUGAACUACAGAGGCCCUUUGCUUUAGCUAUUACAGCCUACUGCUUUUCCACUUGUCUUAGAGAUAAGACAAUGGCUAAAUCAACUUGGGGAAAACUUCAACUUCUAGGAAAAAAAGAGGGUGACUGUAAGGUGUGGCGUGAUGAUGAGGACAUAAGAUUGCUACAUGAGAAGAAGCAGAACCGGGUUCCAUCAUCGGUGGCUCUUACCAUUGAGACCACCGCAUAUGCUCUUCUUACGGCUAUAGAACUUGGAGAUUUUGAGGAGGCUAAAAUGGCUGCCUGCUUUUUGUCCUCCCAAGAGAACUAUGAAGGAGGGUUUAAAUCCACACAGGAUACAAUUAUGGCUUUGGAGGCACUCUCAAAGUAUGGAAUGAAUUCACCCCCACUGCCCUCCAAUGAAGUCAUUGUGCAGUUUCUAAAUAAAGAGAGGACUGUUAAAGAGAAUCUGGACUUGACUAAGAAAGGAGAGAAAGUGGAGACAGAUUUAAAGAGAAUCCUGGGAAAUGAAAUAACUGCAGAGUUUUCAGGAAAGGGGCAAGCUAAAUUAAAGGUGGUUAAGGCUUACUACGUCCCAGACACUUCCACCGACUGUAGUCAACUGGCAAUAAACGUGACAGUUACGGGCAAAUUACAGUACGAAAGUGUCAUAACAGAAAACUAUAACUAUGACUACAAUGAUGAUGAUCCGAUGGACAAAAGGGAGGAGGAAGACUUUCCUCGCUCAGCCAUCGAGUGGUUUGAUGCUCACACUAGACGCAGACGGAACGCCGAGUCAGAUGAGGAUAAAUCGAUUAUAUAUGAAGUGUGUGUCAGCCACUCCUUGGAGAGAAAGCUCACAGGCAUGGCUAUUGCUGAUAUUACAUUACUCAGUGGCUUUGAGCCUAAGACCACUGAUCUGGAUAUGCUAAAAGAAGCAGAAGAACCAUUUAUAUCUCACUAUGAGAUUGCAAAUGGAAGGGUCCUAUUAUAUUUUAAUAAGAUUUUUAACAGCAAGGAAUGUAUUGCAUUUGAAGCUGAACAAAAGGUGCCAAUAGGUUUGCUGCAGCCUGCUCCUGCUACAUUCUACGAUUAUUAUGAACCAGAAAGAAGAUGCACAGUGUUUUAUGCUGCCCCAAAAAGGAGCAAGAUGGUGUCUACUCUGUGCUCUAAUGAAGUGUGCCAGUGUGCUGAAAGGGCCUGUUUCAAAGUAAAGAAAGAGCCAGAAUUAUUAACUAUCACAAAAACUAACCGCUUCAUGCAUGCCUGUUUCCAGCCUAUAGCUGAUUACGGUUUCAUAGUCACUGUGAUGUCUGUGGAGGAUAAAAAAACAUUUGACUUAUACCACACCAGAGUGAUUGAGGUCCUCAAAUUUAAUGGAGAUGUCACUGUGGAUGUUGAUGAUAUUCGAGUUUUUGCCAAGAGAAAACAUUGUAAGAGUCAGCUGGAAAAAAACCAGACUUACCUCAUCAUGGGAAAAGAUGGCUCUACUACUGACUUAAAAGGACAAAUGGUGUACCUUUUGGAUUCAAAAACAUGGGUGGAGAAGAAACUUACCAAGGAUCAAUGUUCAGCAACAAGAAUGUUGACAUACUGCAAAGACUUUAAAGAAUUCCUAAGAAACUAUCAGGUUUUAGGCUGCUCCCAAUAAUAAUCUGGGCUGCUCCCAGUGAUCAAUGACAAAAUAAUGGUACAGUAAAUAUAAAUGAAAGGAAUAACCGCAGUACAAAUUAAUUGUACACUGAUGCUUAACUUGACAGUCUGCUUCAACAUCCAGUGGUCUCAACUGAUAGAACUUAUUGUACUCUCACUGUAAUAGCUUGACUGCUUCACUCUCUAUUACUUUGUACACUUCGCAAAAGAAAUUAUCUGCAAUUAUUCCUUAUUAUUCUUAAAAUGUACACAAUCUUUCAUUAAAUUUGUAUACUGCA